UUUCCUCUUCUCAGUUCGUCGAUCGUCACGGAUUCAUAAAGUUGUGUUGAGUCUUGAGUCUUCAAGGAGCAGAAAUGUGUGACACAGACGCUAGACUUGAAGGAAAAGUGAUAGUUGUGACCGGGGGUAGUUCGGGAAUAGGAUUUGAAACAGCUAAAAACUUAGCCAAACGUGGAGCUAGAGUUGUGAUCGCUAGCCGAAAUGAGACUAAACUGAAACUCGCUCGGGAUAACAUUAAAGAAGCAACUGGAAAUAGUGAUGUUUACUACAGACUUUUAGACCUUGGCUCUUUAAAAUCAGUGAGAAAUUUCGCUAGUGAAACCUUAAGUUACGAAAAACGUCUUGAUGUUUUAAUCAACAACGCAGGAUCAGUUGGUUUACCAGACACGUUGACCGCAGAUGGCCUGAACUUGACCAUGCAAGUCAACUACUUCGGGUCCUUUUUACUUACAUUUCUUUUGCUGCCCAUGUUAAAAUCUUCAGCUCCUAGUAGAAUCAUCAACAGUUCUGCCUCAUCUAUGUACAUCGGACACUUAGACUUCGACCAUUGGAACGAUAUUGGCCGUUACAAUUUCAUAACUGCCUUAGCGAAUUCAAAACUGGCUGAGACAUUAUUCACGGCAGAAUUAGACCGAAGACUGAAAGGCACUGGUGUUACAGCAAACAGUUUUGAUCCUUUCGUUGUUAAAGACACUGAUAUACUUAUUAACGCGCCAGAAGCAAUUAAAGAAGUGUCAAAAUUCUUCAUUAACCUAGUAGGGCUGAAGAAAGAGGAAGUGGGACAGCAAAUAGCGUAUAUAGCAGCAGAGCCUACCUUAGAAGAAGAGAGCGGACAGCAUUUUAAGUUUUGUAGGAAAUGGUUGAAUCACUGGCUGGUCAGUGAUACAGAUUUGACUAAAAAACUAUGGGAGGCUUCAAAAGCAGCUGUAAAUAUUAGUAAUGAAGAAGACUGGGAAUCUAGUGAACGAUAAUAUUUUACAAAUUGUGUUAUUAUUUCUGUAAUAAAUGUGUAUACUCGUAAGAAUACUUUCUGUAAGCAAGUAUAUGAAAUGUUUACAGUUUUAAUCAGUCAAUUUGUAUACUAAUUUGAACUAUGUACAACUACAGCAGGAUAUUAUUAUAGCAAUUAGCAAUUAAUAACACAAAAUUAUGCAUUUUGAGUAAGUCAAAAUAGGAUAUAGAAAAGAUAGACUAUAAAUAUAAAUAUUAGCUUUUAUAAUAUAAAUUUUACACGCAUGUUUUUUUUCUACUUGCACAAAAAUAAUAAAAAACAGAUCUCAUUUGUAAGAUAUAUAGUUUAGUUUCGUGGAUUUAUAUUAUUUGUGAGAAAAUAAAUUAUGCAUUUUUA